UGGGCCGACGGCUUGGUGAUGAACCCGACUCAAGUCAAUUAAAAUUCGAAACCCUCACUUCAGCUCUGUCGCCGCAGAUACAACGAUGAAGAAUCUCUCCCUUGGUGAUGCAUUAGGGUUAUUCUCAGCAUUAAAACGUAAGUUUGGAUAUGAGAAAGGGGGAAAAUAUGAAUCUUUUCUACAAAUUAUGAAGGAUUUCAAGGCUGAAACAAUUGAUGCUAGGGUUGUCAAAUUAAGAGUGUACGAGUUGUUGGAUGGCCAUGAAGAUUUAAUUUUGAGAUUCAACACCUUCUUGCCAGCUAAAUAUGAAAUCAAACUUCCAUUGGAUCGUGAUGAUGAUGAUGAAGAACAAGAUGGUCGAAUGACAGAGACAAAUAUCGAAGUGCUAAAGAAAUAUCGAAUCACACCUUCAGUUCAGCUGGACACUGGGGAAGCCAUGAAUAACAUAGAAGAUAAUUGUCCAUUUUCCUGGGAUAUGCUUGAUGUCAUUUCCAGAGAUCUAGAUUUCGAUGACCUCUUUCAAUUUUCUGGCGUGUGCAAGAAUUGGAGGGAGUUUCAUAAAACUUACUGGAAAAAGUUCUUGGCAUCCCAAGAACCAUUACUUAUUAAAAAGUCUUACCAUGAUAAGAAAUCCUUUUCCUUCAUCAGCAUAGCUGACCGAAAAGUUUAUCACUCGAAGACGAUCAAUCAAUUCUGGCACUUUGCCUAUUUUGGCAGUUCUAGCGGAUAUUUGAUCAUGAGAGGGGACAACAAUUCUUUUCUGCUAUUAAAUCCAUUUACAAGAAGAAAGAAGGUAAUCAAUACAUCAACCUUUAAAGUCAAUUCUACUUAUUUUGCUUACCAUGUGUUACUUGCUUUUGGCAAAGGCUCGGAGGAAUUUGUCUUAGUUGCUUCAUGUAAAAGUUCUAGCAGUUUGUAUGUCUAUCAGUCUCGAAAUUUGGGUUGGGUUACAUAUUUAACAAUGGGAAAUGCAUGGAAGGUUGUUGACUUUGUUGUGUUUCAUAAUACUAUAUAUGUUGUCACCAACGAGGCCAUCAUAGGUGUACUCGACUUGAAUUCCUCAAAUAUAAAAUUUUUAGAAAUGAAGAGUAUGCCCGAUGUAACAUCUAUGUCACACCUAAGGUUGGUUUGUUGUGAUGGACAACUUUUAGUGGUUCAUAUUGAGUCCGAGGAAAUAUUGAAUGUUUACAAGAUAGACUUCUCAACCAUGAAUUAUGUCAAGCUGGAAACUUUGGGCGACAUUGCCUUAUUUUAUGCUUCGGGGGAAUACUUCUAUGCAUUGAACAACCCGAGGAGGUGGGGUUUUGAAAGCAACUCUUUGUAUGCCAUCAAUCUUUCAUCGACAACAUGUAAAGUGUGUUUAGGGGAUGAUAACAGACUGCCAAAAUACAUUAAGCAUGAUAGAACUCGAGUUCCUCCAACGGAAAAUGCCUACUUGCUGGAUUGGUGCUUUAGACAUCAACAAUAUGAGGUGGAUUUUUCUCCAGAUGAGUAACAUGGUUAUUGUACACAAUGUAGCUUGUGAUAUUUGUGUUUGGACCAUGUUCUUUAUGAUGCCCUUUUGUUUUCCAAUAAUUUGACUAGACUAAAAAAACAUGUCAUGGUGUAUGGUUUCAACAUUAGAGAACUAUUGAGAUGAAUAGUUUUGAAAUGGAUGCUGAUAUUGUUAAAACCAGUGUACCAUCUUUUGUU